CAUCAGAAGUAAGCGUGAUCUCGCGUAAGAUGGAUCGCCUAGUUUCCUAGGCUAUCUAGUGUCAGAUAAAUAAUCUCCAUCGCGUAGUGGGUGAUAAACCGACGUUUGGGGUAAUCGAUGAUAUACCCUCGAUAAAAUAAUCAUCGUCCACGGCGCAACGUCGAAUUUGGUUCCCUAAUGAAGACUCGCGUCCAAGUUCAGCUAGGACCGGAAGCUGCACGGUGAAUAAUGCAUGAUGCACUUCCAAGUGCACCGAAAUGUGCUCCGAUUGUAAGGACGGCUUAAGGUAUCACGGAAAACUACCGAUUGACUUUGUCCGUGAACAAGUGAACGUCAAAGGCCAUCAUCUUAACAUCGACCGCCGUUGGUCAAUAGAGCCUUCGGGCAGCGUCACCUUUCUCCGACGCCAAAAGACGCGCUCAGUUUGGCUCCAAACAAAUGAAGAAACGGUUUAAGCCUCGCACGUGGAGCGAUUAAUAGUUGCUUCUGGUUAAAUAGAAAUGUAACGGCUGAUAAGAUAGCGGGGUUACUAUCGCUUAAAGGAAUAAAAACAGGGGAAAAGGAAAAACCGUUCUAGGAGAAACAUUGUUGGAGUCGGAGCAAGUUGUCGAGCGAGUCUGGAAGUCGUGCACGGAUCAAUGAGUGGUUUUGAUUUUUUUUUUUCAAACAAUUUGUUCUUCGCCUUUAUUCUUGAUAAGAGGAUAAAGUGAAGAAAAGUCCGGAAGUCGUGAACGGAUCAAUGAGUGGUUUUGAUUUCUUUUUUUUAACAAUUUGUUCUUCGCCUUUAUUCUUGAUAAGAGGAUAAAGUGAAGAAAAGUCCGGAAGUCGUGAACGGAUCAAUGAGUGGUUUUGAUUUCUUUUUUUUAACAAUUUGUUCUUGGUCUUGAUUUUUGAUGAGAGGAUAAAGUGACAAGAAGUUGACAAAUCCUGCCAACAAGAUGGGGUUCGGAGUAUGGAUCCUGCUGGUGAUCCUGGCUUGUAUAAACUGCACAAGGAGUUACAGAAUCCUGGCGGUGUUCCCACUACCCGUGAAAAGUCAUCACAUGAUGCACGGCUCCGUGAUAAAGGCAUUAGUGGAGCGAGGUCAUCACGUCGACGAGAUCAGCCACUUUCCCCUGAAGACAGCCGCCAAAAAUCACAAGGUCGUGGUGAACCUAUCCGGUACCUUGCCACAGUUCGACGGGAACCUCCCAUUGGAGGAAGCAUCGAUGAUCCGGAAGGAUCCCCUGGUGUUCGUCACUCAGAAAGGCGGGACCGACCUCUGCGAGCUGAUGGGCCUCCCCGAGAUGCAGGACUUCCUGAAGGACCUUCCAAACAGACCCAAAUACGACCUCUUCGUCACCGAGUUCUUCGGGGCGAGCUGUUACCUUGGAUUCGGUCACCUCCUGAAGGUCCCCGUUGCCGUGACCAUUUCGCCGAACAGCCUUCCAUGGCUGGACUGGAAGGUGGGGACCCCCGAAUCCUCGGCUUUCUACCCCAGCAUCUUUCUCGAGGUGGUCGUACCCAUGGGGUUCCUGGACCGCCUGCGCAACACCGUGGACAACCUGAUCCACACGUGGCGAUUCGAUCAGCUGACCGCGGGGCAAACCGACCUCGUCAGGAAGUACCUGGCAGCCGACGCUCCCGAUGUCAGGAAGUUGGAGAACUCCAUCUCUUUGGCGCUGAUCAAUUCAUAUCACAGCUUGAACGGUAUAAGGCCUCUGCCCCCAGGUGUCGUGGAGGUGGGCGGACUCCACGUCGAGGUCAACGAUGACAAAUUGACGCCGGAACUCAAACAGUGGCUGGACGAGAGCACGAGUGGAGUGCUGUACUUCUCUCUGGGGUCCAUGAUGAAGGUGGAGACUCUUCCCAAGAACGUAUUACAGGCCUUGUUCGCCUCUUUCAAAAAGUUGGCCCCCAUUCGUGUCCUGAUGCGAUCCGUCAAGAGAGAGGAACUCCCUCCCGGGCUUCCGGAAAACGUGCACACCAUGCCCUGGAUCCCACAACUUCCAGUCCUGGCACACAACAACACCAUGGCGUUUAUAACUCAUGGUGGGCUGAUGGGCACCCAGGAAGCGCUCUACCAAGGGGUUCCCUUGGUGGGAAUUCCUCUUUUCGCCGACCAGCACCGAAACAUCAAGGAUUACAUGCUGAAGGGCAUGUGCCUCAAGAUGAGCCUCGACAUCACGCAGGAGUCGUUUGACGAUGUUCUGACCGAGAUGGUGGUGAACAACACUAAGUACAGGGAGGCCGCUUUACACCAGUCCAAGCUCUUCCGAGACCGACCCCUGAGCGCCAAAGACGCCACGAUUUUCUGGCUGGAAUAUGUGGUCCGAAAUGGAGCAAACUCCCUCAGAUCGUCAGCCUUGGACCUGGCCUGGUGGCAGAUCGCACUUCUGGACGUCUUUGGAUUCAUUCUCGUCUCUUCCCUCCUCCUGCUGUACGCACUGAUAGCGACGGUGAGAGUCGUGCUCAAAGUCCUGCGAGAAAUCACCAGCAAGAAGAAGCGGGGGUCCAAAAAGACAAAUUAACCCCACAUCUGAACAGCUCGACGUGCAUUAAUUAAGCUGAUAAGUAGACAAUAAGGAAGUGGGUAUGAAUAAAACCGAGUGACAGUUAAAAAAGAA